GUCAAUGUUUCUCAUGCUUUCUUUUUCUUUUGCGCUGUAGCCUGUAGCCAAAACAUUUUGUUAAAUUACCUAUGAUCGAUUUAUUACGCUAUAAACUUUCAUAAGUUAUCGUGUAAACUUAUUUAUCAAAGUUAAAAAAUGGUUUCCAAGAAAAAGAAGAAGUAUUCGUCGGGAGAAGGAGCGCAGUUUAUGACAAGAAAAGCUGCACUAAAGAAACUACAGCUUUCAUUGAAAGACUUCAGGCGCAUAUGUAUCCUUAAAGGAAUAUACCCAAGAGAGCCACGUAACCGGAAAAGAGCUCAAAAAGGUGCUGGAGGAAUCAAAACUUUAUAUCACACAAAGGAUAUUAAAUUUUUGUUACACGAACCCAUAAUAUGGAAGCUGAGAGACUUGAAGGUGUAUCAACAAAAGAUCCGAAAAGCUCGUGCUACGAGAGAAUUUGGUCGAAUGAGAAGAUAUUUACGAGAUUAUCCAUCUAUAAACAUUGAUCAUAUUGUUAAAGAGAGAUAUCCAACAUUUGUUGAUGCAUUAAGAGACCUUGAUGACUGUCUCACAUUGUGCUUCCUCUUCAGUACCUUCCCAUCUCUAAAGAAAGUUCCCAGGGAUCAGUCAUUACUAUGCAGGAGAUUAUCUGUUGAGUUCAUGCAUGCGGUAAUAGCAGCAAAGGCUUUACGUAAAGUUUUUAUAUCAAUCAAAGGUUACUACUACCAAGCUGAAUUUGAAGGGCAAACUAUAACUUGGAUUGUGCCACAUCAUUUCUCCUUCCAGCCUCAAAGCAAAGAUGAAGUAGAUUUUAAAAUAAUGUCAACAUUUGUUGAGUUCUACACAAUGAUGCUGGGAUUUGUUAACUUCAAACUGUUCCAUUCCCUGAACCUUGUCUAUCCACCACAAUUGACAGCAGGUUUUACACCAGAGACUGACAAGGACCUUGUUGACGAACAUGCAUACGUAGCUGAGAGAAUUGCCGCUCUAAAUAUUUCCGUAGCAAAGAUAGCCGGUUCAAAUGAUGUGGAAGAGUUGCCUGAAAUUGAUGUAUUUGAAACUGAAGAUGGAGAUCCACAGAAACUCGAAGAAGCAAAACUGGAAGUUGAAAAGGUUAAAUAUCUGAAAACAAUGUUCAAAGGUCUUAAAUUUUUCUUGAAUCGUGAAGUACCGAGGGAACCUUUGGUGUUUAUAAUAAGAUGCUUCGGAGGUGAGGUGUCAUGGGAUAAGGAUCACUUUGUCGGAGCCACAUUUGAUGAAACUGAUGAGUCUAUUACAUACCAAAUAGUUGAUAGACCAAGUAUGGAUAAGCAGUAUCUUUCACGUUAUUAUGUCCAACCUCAAUGGGUGUUUGACAGUGUUAAUACUAGAACACUACUUCCGAUUAAUAAAUAUCUAAUGGGAGCGGUUCUGCCACCUCAUUUAUCGCCAUUUGUAGACAAGAUCAAGGACCAAGUAUAUAUGCCACCUGAAGAGAGGGCUUUGAAGGAUCCUAACUUUAAACCAUUAGAUGACGAUCCAUCCGGAAGUGAAAUUGAGGAAGCCAGUGACGAAGAUGCCGAGGAAAAAGAUGAAGGUAGUUCAGAGGAAGAUGAGGAAAAAGUGUUGACGCGGCAGUACCAGCAAGAAGUAGCUGAAGAGUCGUCCAGUGAUGAUGAAGAUGGUGAAGAUGAUUUAGACCCAGAGAAAAAGAAACUGGCUAAAGAAAAGAAAAAAGCAAUGGCUGUAUCAACUGGUGUGACUCACAAAGAACAUCCAUAUCAGAAAGAAAUUGAGGAUAAACAGGCGUUCAGACUAAGAGAGAAACUUGUAAGGAAGAAGCAUAGAAACCUUUACAAGAGCAUGAAAGCGGGACAAGAACAGAGGAAGAAGGAGAUAUGGUUGUUGAGGAAGAAACGACGUCUUCACGACGAGAAAGUUAAAGAAGAGAAAAAGGCAGAAAAACGAAAACAGAAAAUGCAAGCACUAGAAGCCGCUUCUUAAUAUGCUAAAUGAAAUAAAAUCAUCCAAUAAAAUAAAUAUUUUAAUUUU